CGCCUGGCUUGCGAAGCACCAACAGGAGCGGCGGGAGCGGGAGGAGGCGGGGUGAAGCUGCCGCCGCCGGAGCCCGGACGUCGCGCGCCGGGUGCGCGCACUCCCGCCACUCCUCUCGGAGCAGCAGCCUUGGACGCCGGCGCUUGGCGGUUUCUGGGGUGGUGUCGCUGCCUGGUUCGGAGAGGGGGCAGGUCCCUCCCUCCCCUCUCGCGCCGCGCGUCUCCUCCUUCGGCGGCCAGUCCUCCUCGUCCUCCUUCCUCAUCCGCCGCCUUCUUCCUCGCUCGGAAUGGAGCUUUUCCAAGCCAAGGAUCACUACAUCCUGCAACAAGGGGAGCGGGCGCUCUGGUGCAGCCGCGCCGACGGCAGCUUCCAGCUCCGACCGGCUACUGACCUCCUCCUGGCUUGGAAUCCAAUUUGUCUGGGCCUGAUAGAGGGACUGAUUGGAAAAAUUCAGCUUCAUACAGAUCUGCCUUGGUGGUUGCUUCUAAUUCGCCAAAAAGUCGUGGUUGGCAAGCUUCCAGGAGAUCAUGAAGUAUGCAAAAUAACAAAGAUUGCAGCAAUACCACUCUCGGAAGCAGAACCUCAAGAUCUGGAUCUGGAGCUCUGUAAAAAACACCACUUUGGAAUAUACAAACCAGAGAAGAUUACACAAUCUCCAGAUGACUCUAAAUUCUUGCUUAAGACUUUUACUCAGAUUAAAUCUAAUGUUUCUGCUUCAAAUAAAAGGAAGGUCAAAGAAAGUAAAGAAAAAGAGAGAUUGGAAAGGAGGUUGCUGGAAGAACUUUUCAAAAUGUUUAUGGACUCAGAUUCUUUUUAUUACAGUUUGACAUACGACCUAACAAACUCUGUGCAAAGGCAAAGUGCAUGUGAGAAGGCUGGCUUGCCACUUUGGAAGAAGGUUGAUGACAGAUUCUUUUGGAACAAGCACAUGGUUCAAGACCUGAUCAACAUUGGUGAAUCGGAAGUGGAUUUUUGGGUUAUCCCAGUGAUUCAGGGAUUUGUUCAGAUUGAACAGCUUGUAGUUAACUAUAAUGAUGCAUCAGAUGAGGAGAAAAGCAGUCCGGAAACACCACCUCAGGAGUCUAUUUGUGUGGAUGAUAUUCACCCAUGUUUUCUUGUGGCACUUAUCUCACGGCGAAGCCGCCACAGAGCUGGCAUGCGUUACAAAAGAAGAGGGGUUGAUAAAAAUGGCAAUGUGGCAAAUUAUGUGGAAACAGAACAAUUGAUCCAUGUCCAUAACCACACCCUCUCUUUUGUCCAGACAAGAGGCUCUGUGCCAGUGUUCUGGAGUCAGGUUGGUUACAGAUACAAUCCCCGGCCACGACUGGACAAGUGUGAAAAAGAAACGAUUCCCUAUUUCUGUGGACAUUUUGAAGAACAAUUGAAAAUUUAUACUAAACAGGUUAUUAUUAACUUGGUGGACCAGGCUGGCCGAGAAAAAAUUAUUGGUGAUGCUUAUCUUAAACAAGUUUUAUUGUACAACAAUUCAAGCCUUACUUAUGUUUCAUUUGACUUCCAUGAACACUGCCGUGGAAUGAAAUUUGAAAAUGUUUCAACGCUAACAGAUGCGAUAUCGGACAUCAUCAUAGACAUGAAAUGGUGCUGGGUGGAUCAAGCUGGUGUGAUUUGUAAGCAGGAAGGUAUUUUCCGAGUUAACUGUAUGGAUUGCCUGGAUCGAACUAAUGUUGUGCAAGCUGCUAUUGCUCGUGUAGUUAUGGAACAGCAGUUGAAAAAGUUGGGUGUGAUGCCACCAGAACAGCCUUUGCCAAUGAAAUGCAAUCGAAUUUACCAGAUAAUAUGGGCUAACAAUGGUGAUGCUAUAAGCAGACAAUAUGCUGGGACUGCAGCUUUAAAGGGUGACUUUACAAGGACUGGUGAAAGGAAGUUGGCAGGAGUUAUGAAAGAUGGCGUUAACUCUGCAAAUAGAUACUACUUAAACCGCUUCAGGGAUGCUUAUAGACAGGCAGUCAUAGAUUUAAUGCAGGGUAUUCCUGUGACAGAGGAUCUCUACUCCAUCUUUACAAAAGAGAAAGAACAUGAAGCUCUGCACAAGGAGAAUUUGAGAAGUCACCAGGAACUCAUUAGCCAGUUGUUGCAAAGUUACAUGAAACUACUCUUACCAGAUGAUGAGAAAUUUCAUGGUGGCUGGGCACUUAUUGACUGUGAUCCAAGCCUCAUUGAUGCUACCCAUAAAGAUGUGGAUGUUCUGCUUCUGCUUUCUAACUCUGCAUACUAUGUAGCCUAUUACGAUGAUGAGGUAGAUAAAGUAAACCAAUACCAAAGACUGAGCCUUGAAGAUCUGGAGAAAAUAGAAAUAGGUCCUGAACCAACUCUCUUUGGGAAGCCCAAGUUCUCAUGCAUGAGGCUCCAUUACAAAUACAAAGACACAAGUGGAUAUUUCCAUACUCUUAGAGCUGUGGUACGCAACCCUGAAGAAGAUGGAAAAGACACUCUUCAGUGCAUUGCAGAGAUGUUGCGAAUUACAAAGCAAGCCAUGGGGUUAGAUGUACCCAUUACUGAGAAAAAAUUGGAGAGAAAAAGCAGUAAACCCCAUGAGGACAUCAUUGGCAUUAGAUCUCAGAACAGAGGCUCCCUGACCCAGGGGAAGAAUUACUUAAUGAGCAAGUUCUCAUCUCUUAAUCAGAAAGUGAAACAAACCAAAUCCAAUGUAAACAUGAGCAACCUUAAAAAGCUAGGGACCUUUACCAAGCCUGAAGUGAAAGUUAACUUCUUAAAGCCCAAUCUGAAAGUAAAUCUUUGGAAAUCUGACAGUAGCCUUGAAACCAUGGAAAAUCCCAUGACAGAUUCUAAAAUCCAUGCAGAAUCAGACAUUGAGAUCUCUUCAGAUAAUGACUCAUUCCAUUCAGAUGACUUCCUUACAAAUUCUAAAUCUGAUGAUGACCAGCAAUUCGUGGACUCCUUAGAGAAUGUGGGUCAGAUAGAUUAUGUCCUGCCUAGUUGUGGUAUCAUUGCUUCUGCGCCUCGGCUAGGCAGUCGCUCCCAGUCUGUAAGCAGCACCGACAUCAACAUUAGCGUUCCUGUUCUUUCAGAAGUUAAUGUUGCUCAAUGUGAAGACCAAAUGAACAGGUCUGAAUCUGAAAGCAAGGCACCUCAGGAAAUUCCUUCCACUGACAAUGCAGCAGUGGAGUUCACUAAGCCGAUUGAUGCUUACUGCCACAGAUUUGUACAAGAUGCUCAAAUUAAGAUGAUCAAUGUUUCAGAAAUGGAAAUAGGUUCUCAAGAUCCCCACCAGGAAGCAGAUUGUUUCAGCAAUGCUUCCAAGAAAACUGAACUGAACUCAGGAAGAGUUAGUGAGGCUCCUUCUAGACCGUCUAAAUUGGAUGUACCAUUUUCAGAGUCAGGGUCACAGUACUUAGUGGUUGAACAAACAAAUUCUUCUAGGUCUCAUAAUAGCCCAGGCUCGGCAUCCAGUAUUCUUGAAGUUGAGCCAGGACUUCAUCUGACCCCUUCACCAGCAGAGAACAAUGGUGGCAGGGCAGUGUCUCCCUUUGCGAAGAUCCGCAGCUCCAUGGUCCAGGUGGCUAAUAUUACACAAGCUGGUCUGACCCAAGGAAUCAACUUCGCAGUGGCUAAAGUCCAGAAGAGCCCAGCUGAACAAGAAUCUGUAAAUGAAAUUCAACAAAAUGAACUCAGAGAAAUGUUUACGCAGUGUCAGACACGAAUAAUUCAGAUCUAGGAAUCAAGCUCUUCAAAUCCAUUUGUACCUUAUAACACAACCUUGGCGAAGAAACUGGCUGCCACUUAGCAUUGGUAUAAAAAAUAUCAAUAACUAUGUUUUGUGGCGAGUUUUUUGGGGGACAAAAGUUAACUGGCUUCUGAACAGGUUUCAGAAUUAUGGCAGCUGAGCUGGUGAAGAUAAACCAUACUAAACAGCUAGUUCAUACACCGGUGGUUGAUGUGCAUGCGGUAGUUUAAGUGAUCAGUUGCACAAUUCUCUUUUUUGGGACCAGUUUUUGUAGGUCUUCUGAUUUAUGUAGAAUAUUUAUAUUGAGGGACUUGGUACUGAACACCUGUUACCUUAGUAAUCUUGCACUGUACCAGUGAAAUAUUUUACUCACAGAUUACAUGCUAUUUAUUUUUCAAACUAACUUUUUUAUUUAAGCUUUUGAUUUGUGUUCCUUGAUGUUCUAGAUGCAUUCCUAAGGACGUGGUCUCCGUAGAGGGAGCAUGAGUUGAGCAUUUACUUAUGUAUGCUGGGGUUGACUACUUCUUCUUCCUACCUCCUUUAACUGAUAGCUACGGUAUCUUAGAGCAAUCUGAUAACAGUAAUACGGAAAAGCUUGCAGGGCAGAUGCUGAAAGGGUUUUCUUAUUAAAAAAAACAUAAUAGUAAUCCUUUAAAGAUAUUAUAUAGUGUGUCUUCUGUUACUGAAACUGCCUCCUUGCUCUUAGGCUGAACCAUUUUGUGAGGAAUUGCAAUGGUCUUUAACUUCAAAGAUAAAUGCUGAAUGUCAGGUGUAUCAUAUUAUGUUUAUUUGAGGAGACAUUAUAAUGCCUAACCACAAGCAUGGACGCACCAACAAUAGCAUAACUGAAAAUGUACUCAUCCAUGAAAUCAUACUGCUGAUAUUUAAAACCAGAUUAAUGCAAAGUGUUUCAAAACAGCUUAAGUAGCAAGUAAUCAAUUGUGAGACCAACUCUUGCUUUGUCACAGUACUGGUAGGAAGUGAGGCCACACCCAUAGCUGCUCUGGGAAUCUGAUUCCAAAAGCCUGGUGUGUAAUGGAUAAAUUUCGCUAGCUCUUGCUGUCAUUUCCCAGAGCAGUCUUGUGGCUGUCAUUCUGUUGUAGGAUGUAGCAGCAGAAGCAACAACACUGGAUUUUGCUAUCUUGUGCUUCAUAGCCUCAGUAGCUCUCAUUCUAGAACCCAGGUCUCUGUAUGUUAGUACAAUGUGUACUAUAGCUAGACUGCACAUAAUGUUCUAAGCAGUUAACGAGUGUCAUGAUGGUAGUACAGUGUCUUUGGAUAUCCUUAAUAUAACAGAAGUGAUCAUCAACUUAACCUGAUUGUGUCUUUGUCUGAUACUUUUGAUACGGUUUCCAUUUUGUUAUUUAUUACUGUAAUGUGCUUUACUUUUUUGGAGUGUCUGUAUAAAUUUGUGACAAUAUUUAAAAUAAAAUUGUACUGUUUUAAUGUGGGAGACCUAUAUGAAAAAUAUUUUAAUAAAAAAAAAUCCAAAUCCUGUA